UCCUCUCCAGAUUCCCUGACUCACACUUCACACUUGACCUCAUUUUCCCUCAGGCAACCAGUCUCUUUUAGAAUGUCCUUCCCACAGGUAACCAGUCUUCUAUAAUGUCCUUCCCACCAGUCACGGCCACGCCCUUGUCUACUGUGACGUCAUCACUAUCUACUGUGACGUCAGUCCUGUCUACUAUGACGUCAUACACGACCCCAGCCAACAGCACUACACUGGACACAGACAAGUGCAGCCAGGCUGAGUCCUGUUCUAACAUGAGGUUCGACCCCGACUCCUCCACGAUUGUCACCGAGUGGUCCCUCGUGUGUGACCGCGCAUGGCUUGGCUCCCUCAUUAUUUCUAUUCAAAUGUUCGGGGUCAUGGCGGGGUCAUUCAUCGCGGGACAGAUCGGUGAGCGCUACGGUCGGAAAAAGAACAUGUACCUGUGGGACUUGAUCCUCGCUCUCACUAACAUCAUCGCCGUGUUUGCCCUAGACUGGAAAAUGUACGCCGCCAUUCGAUUUUUUAUAGGCAUCAGCGUCGGAGGUCUUUUAUCCAGCUGUCAGCUGUACCCGUUUGAAUUCACCACCGGGAAAUGGCGCGCUUUUAUAGGCGGGUUCCCCAAUUGGAACGUCGGAGUUCUGAGUUUCAGUGUGUGCGUGUACGUUCUGAAAGACUGGAAGCACAUCCACAUGGCCACGGCGGUGAUGUGUGGGCUGGCUCUGCUGCCUGUGUGGUGGACGCCGGAGAGCCUGAGGUGGCUGGCGGUCCACGGGAGGGCGCGGGAAGCCAGGGGCGUGGCUCUCAAGAUCUGCAGGUACAACGGAAAGCCCAUCCCAGACGACCACGUGACCGACUUCUCGUGCUGCGAGGGAGGUACCGUGGACAAGCGAGCCACCGUCGUUCAACUGUUUCGAAGGAGCCUCAUCAAAAAGACUGUACUUUGCUGUUUGAUUUUCUUCCUCCUCUCCGUCAUGUACUACGCCAUCGGUUUUGGUAUCGGCUCUCUCUUCGGUGAUUUUUACCUCAACUUUAUUCUCCUCACGGCUAUCAUGAUGCCAGCCUUCCCUCUGGUCCCGCUCCUGGGCAACAAGCUGGGCAGACGAUGGGGAUCCAUCAUCUUACUGGCAGUCGCUUUCUCAGCCUCUGUGACGAUCGUGAUCCUGAGCUUUGUCUUAGAUGAAGAUUCCUCGGGGAACGUUGUGACGGGCCUCACUCUCACCAUCUCCAUGUUCCUGGGUCUCAGCUGGGAUCUCAUCCUGCCUUUUGUCGUGGAAUUGUUCCCCACCUCGGUACGUUCCCUGGCUGUUUCAUUCUGCUACGUAGCUGCCAGAUUUGGCGGAAUCGGGGCUCCCUACAUGCUACCACGUGAGGCGGCGGCCAUGUUUAUUUCGUUCGUGGUAAUGGCGGCGCUAACCUUGCUGUGCUGUGUUCUCAUCUUUGCUCUGCCGGAAACCAACAACCGAGGCCUAGAUGACGUCAUGGUUGCACGGAUGAUACACGCAGGAGGAUGGAAUGAUGAAAAAUUGAAUAAAGAGGGAAAAGUUAGUGUACAUCUUCUGGAAAAUUCAAAACUAUGAUCUGCAUUGCGUUCCUUUUUUAAACCAAUGAAGAGGAAAAGAUUAGAAGAUACUAUCUUUUAGAAGAUUCGACAAUAUCAUCUGCAAUGAGAUCUUUUUUCUUACAAAUAAAGAGGAAAAAGGAAUG